AUGAGUCUCUGGGCAGAUAAAUACAAGCCAAAAUCACUUGAUCAACUCUCAUACCAUAAAGAUCUCUCCAAGCAUCUUAAGAAACUUGCUCAUUCAGAAAAUAUCCCUCACAUGUUGUUCUAUGGGCCUUCUGGAGCCGGAAAGAAGACACGUAUAAUCGCUGUUUUAAGAGAAAUCUACGGUGCUGGGGUUGAUAAACUCAAAGUCGAACAGCGUCAGUUUGUGUCAACUUCAAACCGUAAAUUGCUUUUUACAGUUGUAUCGAGUAACUAUCAUAUAGAAGUCAGCACAGGUGAUCUUGGAAUUUAUGAUCGUUAUAUUAUGCAAGAUGUUAUAAAGUCUAUUGCUCAAUCGCAGCAAAUUGAUGCUAAUGCCCGACACUCCUUUAAAAUGGUUAUUAUCGAUCAAGCAGAUGAGUUAACAAAGGAAGCACAAGCCGCUCUUCGUCGAACGAUGGAAAAAUAUGCUACCAACAUGCGCUUAAUUCUUUGCUGUAAUAAUCUGAGUAGAAUCAUUGCUCCUGUUCGAUCUCGUUGCAUGUUAAUACGUGUUGCACGACCAGAAACAAAUGAAAUCGUUCGUGUUUUACAAGAGGUGGCUUCAACUGAAAAAUUCACUCUACCAACAGAGCUUGCUCGCAAUAUCGCAGAACAUGCUGAUCGAAACAUGCGUGCGUCAUUGCUGUCUCUUGAAAGUACAGCAGCACGAUACCCUGAUUUAACAACUGUUAAGCAACCUGAUGAUAUGGAUUGGCAAAUAGCUAUUUCUAGAAUCGCCGACAAUAUUAUGAAAGAACAAUCAGCACCUAAACUACUUGAGAUUCGUAAACAACUCGUAGACGUGUAUACAAAAUGUAUUCAAUCUAGUGUUAUAUUGAAGAAACUAUCGUUUGAUUUAAUUGAACGUGUCCCGGAACCGAUCAAAAUAAAAAUCGUCGAACAAGCUGCUUUCCAUGAACACCGAUUACGAAUUGGCAACAAGGAUAUAUUCCAUUUAGAGGCAUUCGUAGCUCACGUAAUGAGCAUUUAUAAGAACUAUUUAAACAAUAAGUAA